UGAGCAUUUCCGGGGAUCUCUUGUUGACGGACAGUAUUUAUUGCUUUACAGACGUCGGUUUACGGCAGAUUCGUGUACUUUUUUACGUCGCGGUUGCCGUGUGUCCACCGCGAGUAGCAGCAGCAUGUCUCAGGCUCGAGUUACCGAUUUCUUUUCCCAAAAGAAGAAAGGCAUCGCAGCUCCAUUGAAACCAGGGAAGCAGCGCGGUAGUGCAGCCUGCACACGGUCGAGAUCCUUAAAAAACAAAGUCGAUUCUGUCCAUGAAGAGUUCGUCCGGGUUAUCGACGAGGCGGUGGGGCUUAACGAUGCAGCGUCUACUAUCAGCAACAAAGAUUCCCCCUCCAGUCCCCGGACACCAAAGCGGACCUCCGCCGACUCAGAGUUUGACCUCGGGGCGGCCGUGUUUUCAGCCACCGCCGACCACAGCACGGCCAAGAAGAGACGACAAGCGGAGACAGCAAGAGACGCUAAAGCUAACGUCCCAGAGAUCGUAACGAGGAAGAAGGCCAGGAAGAAACUGGUGCUCCCCCAGGACCCACCACAGGCUGCAGUCCAGGCUCAGCCCAUUGAGGUGACCCCGCAGCCCGCAGCUGCAGCAGCUCCUGUGUCUGGGCUAGACGCUGAGAGCCGCCUUCAUUUCCAGACCAGCAGCUCUCCACAGAGGGGUCAAGUCGUCAGCAAGAACACUGGAGGACAGAGCAGUAAGGCUCUGUGUAAAGAGGACAUUGCAAGCCUCAAGUCUCGCCUUCAGAGGAUCAAGAAACACAAAGAGGAAAUAACCAGCGCUGCUUCCUCAGCUUCCGUUUCCACGUCUUUCGCCUCACCAGCUGGUACAGCACCAAACAGUACAACCCCUCAUGUCUCCAAAACCGCUGCGCUCAUCACCUCUGAUGCCAAGGCCCUCAAGUCCACCAUAGCACGAGCCAAGGAGCUUGCAACUAAAGCUCAGAGGAGGAAGGAGGAGAGGGAGGCAGAGGAGAGCAAGCAGUGUGAGACACAAGACCAGGACAGUACUGAGCAGCCAGCAUACCAGCGGUACCACACCCUCGCCCAGGCAGUCCCCCCUGGCCUCUCCCUGCCUUAUCAGUACAAAGUACUUGCUGAGAUGUUCAGGAGUAUGGACACAGUGGUAGCCAUGCUGUACAACCGCUGUGAGACCGCUACCUUUACCAAGAUCAAACAGGGAGUUCAAGACAUGAUGCACAAGCGGUUUGAGGAGAGCCAUGUGGCUCAGAUAAAGACAGCGUUUCCUGAAGCCUACACAUUCAGACAGGAGAAGAACAUCCCGACCUUCAACAGCAGCAUUAAGAAGGGCAGCUACCAGCUCACUGUGGAGCCCGUCAUUCUGUCUGACCAGAAUGAAGCACGCCCUGUUCUGUCAGCCUCUCGUCUCCUGGAGAGAAGACAGAUCUUCCACAUGAAUCUGGUCUCCAUCGUCAAACAGCACCACAAGGUCUUCUUGUCCUCCUUGGUUCCUCCAAUGUCUGUUCCAGAAGACAAACUGACCCGCUGGCAUCCUCGCUUUAAUGUGGACACUGUGCCAGCCGUCCAGACUACCUCGCUCCCCCAGCCUCCUCAAACCGAGAAACUGGCCACGGCUCAGGAGGUUCUGGACAAGGCCCGCUCAUUCAUCACACCCAAGAUGGAGAAGGCUCUGGUUUCUCUGGCUCUGAAGACAGAAGAUAAAGUUGCAGAGAGUAAAGAGCCGACUUCUCUACAGACCUCAGCAGUACCUCAAACAUCAACUGCUCAGGUCCCAACUGCUCUGAAAGGAGUGUCCCAGUCUCUGCUGGACAGGAUUCGGGCAAAGGAGGCCCAGAAGCUCCAGGCAGCCAUGACUCGAAACUCCGCCCAGGAGGAUCGCCUGUUGAUGAUGUCACGGCUCCCAGAGCUGGCCAGGAUUCUCCGCAAUGUUUUUGUCGCAGAGAAGAAACCAGCUUUAAUAAUGGAAGUGGCCUGUAACAGGAUGGUGGCCAGCUACAGAUCUGCUCUCAGCACAGGUGAAAUGGAGAAACAUAUCCGGCUGCUAGCAGAAGUGGCUGCUGAUUGGCUGACAAUUCAUCCAGUAAGGAAGGACUUCUACCUGAAGGUGAACAGGAACAUGGAGCUCAACAUUGUUGUGGACAAAUUGAGCAGCAGACUGAAGGAGGAGGAGAGAAUGUGAGACAUUAAUGAAUGAGUGAUGUGGCCAUUCUCAGGCCCUGCCUUGAGCUGCCAGCAGCCUUAGGUUGGAGUUAAUUUCACGGAUUUGUUGGCAGCACACACACGUCACUGUGGUUUAUGGUGUGCCCAGUGCUCGAUGCAGGCGCAUCUCCAGGACACCAGUAUGUCCUGAACUCCUGGAUCCACAUGGGACUAACCAGACCUGCUAUUCCUGCCAUCCUCCUGUGUUGUAAACAGGUUGUUUUAAACACACUUCUGUUAUGAUGUGCUUUGUUUUUGUUUUUUUUUCCUCCAUGAAAGUUUAACCACAGUGUGUUCAGGUUCUGAUGGGUUUUUUUUUCACUUUUUUCCCAUGAUGGCAAAGGCAUGAUCCCCCCCCUAAUCUGCCUCUGAUGGUCUUACCCUCAAACCAGUCUCACUCCUCAUACCUGAAACUAACCAACCCAAUCAGUGAAGGCAAUGAGUACUAGCCAAUCAGAGGCAGAGUUAUGACUUAGCCAUCCUUGGGGGAAGAAACUGGCAUACAGGUCUGCCUCCAGUCUUUCAAGGAUCAGUUCUACAGUGUAGAACCAAUGAAUGUUCACAUUUUUAAAGGUCAUUGUUUGAUAAUGUUUGAGAAAUACAAGCGUUUGUCUGA